AUGGCUCCAGUCGCAAAGAGACGCCGUAUCAGCCCAGAGGUCGAGUCGCCUCCCCAUAGCACAAAGAACGGUGUCUCCUCCGAGGAAAAGAUCGAUGAUUUCUAUCGCAACGCCGCUGGGUGGAACCUGGAACAGGAUUACGAGAACCGCCCUCGUAACCUGAAGAAAAAGAAGGAGGAGACGAGACUGCCCAUUAAGACUGCCGAGGGUUGGGUUGAGCAAGCACCUGCUGUUGUCGAACAGAAAGAGGAGGACGCUGACAGCUUUUUGGGAAGCGGCGACGAGGGAGAAGCUGUAGAGGAUGAUGAUGAUGACGACGAGGAAGAGGAGGUACCUGAGGUGCCCCAGAUCUCACCACGCGAGCAGAUUCUCCAGGCCAAGGAGGAGCUCGCGCGUAUCGCCAGCAUGAUCUCAGAAGACCCGGAAGAAAACAUUGCCCUGCUCAAGAAGCUGCAAGUUCACGCCACAUCACAAAACAGGACUGUGGUCAAGUUGUGCUUGGCUACUCAACUUGCCAUCUAUCGCGACAUUAUCCCUGGUUACCGUAUUCGUCCCGUGUCUAAGGAGGAGCUGAAACAGAAAUUGUCCAAGGACGUUCGCAAACUACGCAACUUUGAGCAAAUGCUCGUUGGAGGUUAUCAUGAAUAUGUCAGAUCGCUGACGAGAGCUGCAAAGAAGAGCGGCGACAAGAACAAGGAAGCUGCUUCUGUAGCCACUGUCGCCAUCUCUUGCGCCUGCACUCUGCUCAACACCGUUCCACACUUCAACUUCCGUGGUGAUCUCAUCAACAUCUUGGUCGGCCGACUCAGCAUCAGGCAGGUGAAUCCUGAUUUCCACAAGUGCGUCGAAUGUUUGGAGACUUUGUUCCGCGACGAUGAGGAUGGCAAUGCCUCCCGUGAGGCUGUCGAUUUGCUGUGUAAGAUGAUGAAGUCGCGAAGCUACAACAUCCACGAAUCUGUCUUGAACACGUUCUUGCACCUGCGACUAUUGUCCGAAUUUGCACACAGAAGCAGCAGCACGCGGACUGACAAGGACGAGGACGAGCCGGCUAUGAAGCAAAAGCAGAAGCGCGAAUUUAGAACCAAAAAGGAGAGGAAACGUCUACGUGAGGUCAAGGGUGUCGAGAAAGAGUUCAGGGAAGCUGACGCCACCGUUUCACACGAGGAGCGUGACAAGAACCAGUCAGAGAUGCUGAAAUUGGUAUUUGUUGCCUACUUCCGUAUCCUCAAGCAACGCGUACCUCAACUUAUGGGCGCCGUACUGGAAGGAUUGGCUCGUUAUGCUCAUCUCAUCAACCAGGAUUUCUUCGGUGAUAUCCUGGAAGCUCUCCGCGAACUCGUCAUCACGACCGAAGCUGCUGAACAAGCGCUUGCUGAAGAAGACGAAGAUGCCUCCACAGCACCGAGAAACAUCAACCGCGAAUCUCUUCUCUGUAUCAUCACAGCAUUCGCCCUUCUUCAAGGUCAAGACGUUGUAAAGAGUGUCGGUUCUUUACAUCUCGAUCUCGAAUUCUUCAUCACCCACCUCUACAAAACCCUCCUACCUUCGUCAAUGAACCCAGACCUCGAGUUGAGUGCCAAGUCUCUGCGCUUGAGAGAUCCUGACGGUAACGAUGACGAAGCUCUUCUGCCUCAGCAGGCAAAACACAAGAUCAAUGUUCAGACAACAACUGUACUGCUCCUUCGAUCUCUGUCGUCAGUCCUGCUACCGCCGCAAAACCUUCGUUCAGUACCACCUCUUCGCCUUGCAGCUUUCGCCAAACAGCUUCUUACCAUUUCCUUGCAAUUGCCUGAGAAGUCAUGCCUGGCGAUGAUGGGCCUAUUGCAACAAGUCACCAAGGUUCAGGGCAAGAAGAUUGCAGCAUUAUGGUACACCGAGGAGAGAAAGGGUGAUGGUGUGUUCAACCCUCUAAGAGACGAAGUGGAAGGCAGCAAUCCUUUCGCAACGACUAUCUGGGAAGGUGAAUUACUGAGGAAACACUUCUGCCCUCAAGUCAGAGAAAGCAUAGUCGCUCUUGAGAAGGGUAUUGUCCAUUCAAGGGCAUAA